AGUAACACGUCACUCUUGUAAAGUGCAGAAGCCGGCUGACAGGGAGCGAUCCCCUCACAGACGCCUUUUUAUCUUCUACGUCCGUCUGUUUUUACAUCCAAAUGCUGUAAUUUGUUUUCAGCUCAACAGUCUAUUUAGUUCCCGUCAAGACCUGAGGCCAACUUUAUAAAAAGCUGCACGAUGUCAACCUACCAGGAGUUCAUCCAACAGAAUGAGGAUAGGGAUGGUGUGAGAUUCAGCUGGAACCUCUGGCCCUCAAGCCGUCUGGAGGCCACCAGACUUGUGGUUCCUGUCUCCUGCCUCUUUACACCUCUCAAGGAGAGGCCCAACCUGCCACCUGUCCAGUAUGAGCCAGUUCUGUGCAGCCGGGCCAACUGUAAAGCAGUUCUCAACCCACUAUGUCAGGUAGACUUUAGAGCCAAAAUAUGGGCAUGCAACUUCUGCUUCCAGAGAAACCCCUUCCCUCCUUCUUAUGCAGGCAUAUCUGAGGUGAACCAGCCAGCUGAACUCAUGCCUCAGUUUUCUACCAUUGAGUACAUAGUACAGCGUGGGGCCCCAGCCCCUCUGAUCUUUCUAUAUGUUGUGGACACAUGUUUGGAAGAAGAGGACCUCCAGGCCCUCAAGGAGUCUCUUCAGAUGUCCCUGAGUCUACUGCCACCCAACGCCCUGGUGGGCCUCAUCACAUUUGGACGCAUGGUUCAAGUUCAUGAGCUGAGCUGUGAGGGGAUUGCCAAGAGCUAUGUGUUCAGGGGGACCAAGGACCUCUCCUCCAAACAGAUCCAGGAGAUGCUUGGUUUGACAAAGCCAGCAGCAUCAGGACAGCAAGGUCGCCCUGCGGCCCCCCAGGAUGCCGCUGCCUCUUGCAGGUUCCUUCAGCCUGUGCACCGAGUGGACAUGAAUCUGACAGACUUGCUUGGAGAGCUUCAGAGAGACCCUUGGCCUGUCCCUCAGGGCAAACGGCCACUCCGCUCCACUGGUGUUGCCUUGUCAGUUGCUGUGGGCCUUUUGGAGGGCACAUUUCCCAACACAGGGGCUCGUGUGAUGCUUUUCAUUGGUGGACCGCCAACCCAGGGCCCAGGCAUGGUGGUGGGAGACGAGUUAAAAACCCCCAUCCGCUCCUGGCACGACAUCCAGAAGGACAAUGCACGGCAUUUGAAGAAAGCCACAAAGUACUAUGAAGCUUUGGCCAAUCGAUCUGCAGUAAAUGGCCACAGUAUUGACAUCUACGCCUGUGCCCUGGACCAGACGGGACUGCUGGAAAUGAAGUGCUUAUCUAAUCUCACAGGGGGACACAUAGUGAUGGGAGACUCUUUCAAUACUUCCCUGUUUAAGCAAACUUUCCAAAGAGUUUUUAGUAAGGACUACAACGGAGACUUCCGCAUGGCUUUUGGGGGUGUCCUGGAGGUCAAGACCUCAAGGGAGGUGAAGGUUUGUGGUGCCAUUGGACCAUGUGUUUCUCUCAACUCAAAGGGAACCUGUGUUUCAGAGAACGAGAUGGGUAUUGGUGGCACAUGCCAGUGGAAAAUCUGCAGUCUCAACCCCUCCACUACUCUGGGAGUUUACUUUGAGGUUGUGAAUCAGCACAAUGCACCAGUUCCCCAGGGUGGCCGAGGGGCGAUCCAGUUUGUGACCCAGUACCAGCACUCCAACACACAGAGGAGGAUACGGGUCACUACCAUUGCCAGGAAUUGGGCAGAUGCCCAGUCUCAGAUUCAGCACAUCGAGUCUUCAUUUGACCAAGAAGCCGCCGCAGUGCUCAUGGCUCGCCUGGGAGUCUUCAGGGCAGAGUCAGAGGAAGGACCAGACGUGCUGCGUUGGCUUGACAGGCAGCUCAUCCGCCUGUGUCAGAAGUUUGGCCAGUUCAACAAGGACGAUCCUACAUCCUUCAAAUUGUCGGAGUCUCUGUCCCUCUAUCCACAGUUUAUGUUCCACCUGCGGCGAUCACCGUUCCUUCAGGUGUUUAACAACAGCCCAGAUGAGUCAUCCUAUUACAGGCACCACUUUGUCAGGCAGGACUUGACCCAGUCUCUGAUCAUGGUCCAGCCCAUCCUCUACGCAUACUCCUUCCACGGACCACCAGAGCCCGUGCUCCUGGAUAGCAGCAGUAUCCUGCCAGAUCGAAUCCUACUGAUGGACACUUUCUUCCAGCUGGUCAUCUACCAUGGAGAGACCAUAGCCCAGUGGCGAAAGGCGGGCUACCAGGACAUGACAGAGUAUGAGAACUUCAAACAGCUGCUCCAGGCUCCGCUGGAUGAUGCUCAAGAGAUCCUGCAGACCCGCUUCCCCAUGCCGCGCUACGUAGACACCGAGCAUGGAGGCUCUCAGGCUCGCUUCCUGCUCUCCAAAGUCAACCCAUCUCAGACCCACAACAACCUCUAUGCAUGGGGACAGGAGACAGGAGCCCCGAUCUUGACCGAUGACGUCAGCUUACAGGUCUUCAUGGACCACCUGAAAAAACUGGCUGUUUCCAGCUCGGCGUAGAUGUUUCAGCUCUACCACGAAAAGGAAAGGAGGGUUACAACAUUCCUGUAAAGCCACCGAGAUCCAUUAACAUUUCUCAUGUUUUUGUAAAAGAGCCAGACCCUUACAGUCUACUGCUUGUGUUUUCCUUUCUUUCUUUUCUUUUUCUUUUUAUUAUUUUCUUUUUUUUUAUUUUGCUGUCUUGAUUUGACAUUUCCAUUUAACAAAAAUCUGCAGGGAGCAGCAUGUUCCUGAAAUUUUAACAAGUAGUGGUCAUUUAUGAGAAAUGACUUCUUUAGAUGAUUUUUGUAUUAGAAAUGUCAACAUUUCUAUUGUUUGUUUUAUAUUAGGUAUUAGCUCUGAAAUGCAGAGUGAUUAGACUAAUUUAAUUUGUUGUUUGUCCUAAAAUGUGUCUACUGCGUCAGACUCAGUUGAUGGUGCUGUGUAAUACCAUGCCUAUAUAUACAUGUUUGCUUUGUCCAUAGCUAAAGAUGACGUGUUAAGAAUGUUUCACAUAAAUAACUUAUAAUGGUACCACAAAUGCCUGCUAUGAGAGGGGGUGGGGAUUGCAUGGCGAAUCCGACUUACUGCUGAUGGAUUAUUGAUCAGUUUUACAAAGACUCCUACAAGGAUUAUGCCUCAAAUGUUUUCCAAGAAAAUUCCUCUUGUUAAAGAUUGAGGAUCAACGUUCUGAGGAGCGGAAGUCAAUCACAUCAGCUCAGCUGAGACUGGCUCUGUUUUCAAUGAUGAACAGUUUGCUUUAUUUUUAACUUUGUAGGACACUAUGGUUCUCAUCUCGAUUGUUGACCAUCUGGUGUUUUUGCUGCCAAUGGCUGCUCAAGUGUCAAUGAUCAAACUUUGAUAUGGUAGGAGACCGUUUAGAAGGGAUGGUUGUGUGGUUUGAAACCUGUCUGGAUUCCUAAUACUAUACAUAUAAAAUAUCUGUCAA